UCAGUGCUCAGCGGUUAUAUAUCACGAUGUAGAUGUUUUGCAACUGUUGUGCGGGCGUUACUCAAACAUCGUUACUAUAACUUUAUAAACUGUAGAAACGACAUUUUUGUAACAUUGUUCAGCCGGUGCAGUCCUCGUAAAUAAAUUGUAGAAAAUGGCAAACGUCGACCUCGUUCAAGUUGGAAAGAACUUGUUGAAGAACGGUGACACUGGCGAGAGUGUAGAGCUCCAGUCCCUGUGGCAGGACCAGCCGGUGGUCUUGUUCUUCCUGCGCAGGUUUGGCUGUCAGGUGUGUCGGUGGAUGGCAACAGAGAUCAGCAAACUUGAGCCGGACCUGAGAGCCAGCGGUGUAGCGCUGGUGGGGGUCGGACCAGAGGAGUUGGGGCUGAAGGACUUCAAAGAAGGAAGGUUUUUUAAAGGAUCCAUUUAUGUUGAUGAACAAAAGAAAAGCUACAAGGAUUUGGGUUUCAAAAGGUACACAGCCUUAACUGUGGUUCCCGCUGCUUUGGGGAAGAAAGUACGAGAUGCAGCUGCAAAGGCCAAUGCUGAAGGCAUUCAGGGAAACUUCUCAGGAGAUCUGCUCCAGAGCGGAGGCAUGCUCAUUGUGGCCAAAGGUGGAGAAAAGGUCCUAGUGCACUUUAUCCAGGAUUCACCGGGAGACCACCUACCGCUGGAAGAUAUUGCCAAGGUUUUGGGUAUCUCAGCCAACGCAAAAGCAGGACAGAUGCCAGUGUGCAAUGAUGCUGUUUGUACACGAUGAUGAAGGAGCAGCCCAUUGUACCAGAUGACUAUCUACUCAUCGGGAAGCUCAAAUGGAGAUUUAAUAAGUGGAAUGUCAUCAAAAUGCUCAAGUGAACAUAAAACUACUUUGUGACAUAACAAAGUAACACAUAACAUAUUAUUGUAUUAUCUAUCUGUACAGUGAAAGCAACAGUGGCAUUGCCUUUGUAAUCAUUACCUUUUUAAUUAUUAAUGUUUUGAACUUACCUAAAAUUGGAUAUUUAUGAUUUUGCAUUUAUUAUACUCACUAUAUAUAUAGUUAUAAUAAAGGUUUAAAAUCAAUACUUUGCUUCAGUCAAUGAGGUGCAUAUAGUCAGGUAUCCUAACUAUAUGCAAGAUCAAUUGUUUGUACACUACAUUAAUAAUUCAAAACUCUAAUGGCUCUAUCACAGGGUUACACAUCAUGAUUAUAGUGUUUUCUUUCACUCGCCUUCAACAAAUCUUCAAUGUAUAUGGCCCGUAGUGUUUACUGCAGGGCAGUAUGAUGGUGAUGCUGUCGCUCCAGAGUCACGCACUUGCUUGAAAUGUAUUACAUUGCUGCAAUUGAACUUUGGACACAUUUUCCAAAAUGAAAGUGAUCGUUACAUGCCUUCAUAACUCAACAUCCUUUCUAUAGAACUAGAAAUGUACCUUAUCCCUUGUAUUGUCCUUUGUGUCACGGGGACUUGUUUAGUUUAUUUAACGCGUUCAAGUGCAGGAUGGGUCUCGGGACCCCAAAGGACGAGGCGCCCGCCAGUUCACGUGAAAUGUCAUCACAUAGUACGUGAGGGUCACCGGGGACCCGAAGCUCAACGCAAGGCCAAUACAAAACGUCAAAUAAACUGAACGGGUCCCAGUGACCCGAAGGACAACACAAGGGUUAUUAAGGCUGCUGUAGUAGCAUUUUACUAUUCUAAUGAUGACACUGUCUAUGGUACCUGCUGACACGGUCACAUAAGUGCUAAGCAUGACUAAGGGCUGUACUGUACUAGAACCACUGAGCCACCAUGGCUCUCAUUUACAGACUAAACUGAAGUAGCAACUUGACCUUAUGAUUCUGUGUACGUGAAGAUGAACAUAAUGCUUUUGGCUGACUGCUUUUAGGGCUUUACAGUAUCACGAAUGCACACAGAAUUUAUUCUGAACUUAAAUGUCAAGAAGCAUUAAAAACAACUCAAGGCAAGAGAUAUUUUUAUUCAGUUAAAAUUACACAUUUAAAGUAGAGACUUGAGAUGGUAACAGUUGAGACAGUCACUUUAAUGGCAAGAUAAUUACAUGGCAGCAGGAACAUUCAGAAAACACCUUUAACGUCUAAAUUCUUGCAAAACAAUGAUAUUUCAUAAAUAUUCAUGUAGAUAAAUAAACUCUUCUGAUGGGUAUACAGAUGAAACAUGUUUAUAUAUAACAAAAAUGUAUUUGUACUCGGCUGGUAAUUUCAAAACGACACAAUUUCACCAUGUACGUAAAUGUGAAGCUAGAACUAAGUCAAGAAAUGUACCCUUCUUUUCUUACCUGAUUUGAAUCCUUUUUAUGUAAAUACUGCAAUAGAACAUCAAGUAUCUACAAUAACACAUUGUAUAUUAUGUAACCUUUAGUGUUCAGUUAACAAUUUUGAACUGUUUUACUAUUUUUGAGGAAAACCAGACAAAAUAUACACAAGCCUAAGCUGUUGCCCUUCAAAUGGCAGCCAAGGAUAAAUCCGCAACUUAUGAUUUAUCCUCCAGCAUUCUUUUGACCCAGACAUGAUAAUUCAAUUCAUUUCAAUUUCAAUUCAAUUUUAUUUAUAGUAUCAAAUCAUAACAUAAAAGCACCUUUUUGUCAAAAGGAAUAGUUUGACAUUUGAGGAGAUGUGCUUCUUUGCUUUCAGAGAGAGUGAUUUGAAAAGAUUGAUACCACACUCUGCUAAAUAUAAGGCUACAGCCAGCAGCAGUAGCUUAGCACAAAAACUGGAAACGAGGAAACAGCUAUCCUGGCUCUAUCCACAGGAAACAAAAUCAGCCUGUUUAAUCUGUACAUGUGUAAAACCUAGUUAAAUAUAAGUUACAUUCCUGUUAAAUUAAGAUGCAACAUAUUAAAGGAAUAGUGCACCCAAAAACAAUACUCACUUCCCUAGGAUCUCUAUUGUCCCAGAAAAGUUUUCUUUCGAAUAGCGUUUAAAAGAGCGGAGGGCCCGAAAAAUAAAGGCAUAUCAGCCGAACAAAAGACAGAAGAAAAGGUUAUAAAUGUCUGAACAUUUUUAUGACAACUAUUAACUAACUAUAUUUUCCUUUACAAAGCAUAUUUCGGAUCCUCUGGUGCAAAACACAUUUCUUGACAGGAAAUUCUUCGUUUAGCAACAGUUGAGCAAAAAUAAUUCUGUUUGUCUCCAUGAGCCCAGGAAUGGAUAGAAGAUACCUUGAUAAUGUUGCACGGGAAGUUUAAGAGAGUUUCUCAGAUGUUUUAUAAGCUUUUUUGUUUUUUUGCUGUCUGUCUCUCAAACUCUGUUGCUUUUAUUUUUUCAGGUGCUCUGAUCUCCUUAUUGCCUUUCAACAGAAAACUUUUUCUGGGACCAUAGACAGCCUAGGGAGGUGAGUACUAUAUCAAAUUUAUAUUGUUUUUGGGUGAACUACUCCUUUAUUUAGUUAAUUUUAGAGAUUCUGGAAGGCAGAUUUUGUUACUGUUGAAUAGAGCCAGACAUAUGGAGCUAGGACAGUGACUUUAAGUCUUGGCAUUGAAAAGAAAAGUUCUAUUAAAUUAAUACAUUUUUCUCAUGUAACUCUCUCAACUCUCAAAAUGUCCAACGUUUGCUUAAAGAUGGCUGCACACUAUUAGCACUUACAUUCUGAGUAAAACAGUCUUUUUUUAUGUGGCGUUUCCCUCUGCUCAACACAACAGUAUUUGCCAAUAUGUGAAGACGAAGAGACAGACAGAAGAGUGUAAAGCUUCAAUAUGCACAUUCAAUUCUGCAGCCUCUGUUGAGACCAAAAAGUCGUGUUCAGUUCACCAAGGCAUCCUGAACGUGACCAAUAACAAGCAAACAUUUAAAGCUGGCUAUGUGUGUUUGUUUUUCUGUUGAAAAAUGGUGGCUUCCUGCAGCUGGUACCUCUCUUAUUACUUCUGCUUUGAUUCUCCUGUCAUUACUUGUUAAUAAAGG